AUGGAUAGUAGCAUAGAUGGCCAACCAUAUUUCAGAGUUCAUAACUGCAGUGUUCCUAGAGCCACAGCAAGCACUGCUUCAUAUGGAUGCACCAGUGAGCAAAGUCACCUAUUGCCCAUAGCCAAUGUGGGGCGAAUCAUGAAGCAAGCUCUACCACAGCAUGCGAAGAUAUCCAAACGAGCAAAAGAAACCAUCCAGGAGUGUGCAUCCGAGUUCAUCAGCUUUGUUACUGAGGAAGCAUCUGACCGAUGCCGCAAGGAUGACCGCAAGACUAUCGAUGGAGAUGAUAUCUGUUGUGCUAUGAAGACACUCGGCCUUGAUGAAUAUGCUGAUGCCAUGAAAAGAUAUUUGUGUAGAUAUAGGGAGCGUGAAGAGAAGACAGCCUCUAUGAAGUGCAAUAAGCCAGUUCAAAUUGAUGUAAGAAAUGAAUUGCCAAUCUUUAGGAGCAGUCAGCGUAGAGACCAAUUGCCUUCCAAGAGUCCUCACAAUGUUGCAGAGACAAGGAAAUUUUUCUGAAGGCAAUUUUGGGAUUUCGAUCGAAUGUUUAAACUGCAUAGCAUCUAGAAUGUGGCGUUUUCUUUUCUGAAGAUGGGGGAGUGAGGGAGUCUAGUUGCACACUGCUGAUCUUUAUGUUCUACCUCUUGUCAUUUAUCAGCAUUUCCUGUAUUCUGUCAUUGGUCCAAUAUCUAGUCCUUUAAAUGGGCCCUUAGUGUUUGAAAAUAUUAAUCUCUAUGUAACUAGGAUAAGGCUCUUGUAUCAUUUUAA